UGCAUUUUCGGGUGGUUGAACGUGAAGGGUGGAAAGCUCGGGAAAUUUGUUGUGAAUGCGCCAUAAUAAUAAAAUCAAUAACUCGUAGACUGCAAGCGCGGGGUUCGUAGGUGUAAAACUCUCGAGGCGUAGGAAGCAGAAGUUAACGUCGCUCUCGUUGAUUUUGUCGAGUGCCAUUUUGCAAUCGAAAUACUAGAACAAGUGGUGAAAAGAAGUGGUGAAAGUGGACUUUUUGCAAAUCGGAAAAGCAAACUCAAUUUCGGAUUGCCUGUGCGUGUUCGCGCUGCGACGUCGCGACGCUCCGCCGAAAAUCCCAGCAGGCGACGAGGCUACGUGUCCCCGGGCAUCAUCUUGGCGAUGAUCUAACGCUUUUUUUCUAUUAAUCAUCGUUGUUUUCUCCGUUGAGUUUCGCACAGAAAGAAAGGCCAAGUAGUUGUAUACGAACAGUUAAAGAAACGCAAAACGUUGCUGCAGUUGUUCGUAAAAUGGCAUCGAAAGUGAUGGUGAAAAUCGCGGUUCAGCCAUUUUCGCAGGUGAAUGAAAAUGUCAACAAGGCGAAGGCUUCUGGGGUGAAUGGAGAAGUCGUGCCCAUAGGAAGGACGACCGAGAUCGGGCGUCUGGAUGCUCAGAAGGCCACGGACGCCCCUCGUGUUGCACAACUUGAGCAGAAUAUAAGAUAUCUGCAGGAGCAGCAUCAGCUCAUGCUGAAUGGUUUGCAUCACGAAAUUGAUGUACUUCGACAUCGAAACAGGGAGUUACAAUUCCAGCUCAUUACCGGUCUAAAUCUGAGUAGUCCAUCUUCCCCGGACGAUGAUACCAAACAUAAGGUUUACAACAGCCCGAAGCAGGUGAAUAUCACUCCGCUACAAGUGGAGAUAUUGGAGAAGGAAUUAUCGGAAAUGAAGGUGCAAUGGCAAGAGUCCGAAAGCCGAAAUGUUUACUUGUCGGCUAUCGUUGACGAACAGAAGAAGAAAUUGGAGCGUUACGAACGCGACAGAGAGAGAGAACGCGAACGCAGCAUACAGCCCGAUCCUGAGCUUCUUCGAAAACUCGACGAUGCCGAGUCUCUAAUCCGAAGACUCCGUCGCGAAAACUCUGAUCUUCGUAGAGAAAACGCUCUUACCAAUCCUCCUGCUUACCAGCAGAGGGAGUUCCACAACCGCGACGGUUGCGGCACUUACCAACAGCAGCAGCAGCCGAGGGGCGGCGGAGGUGGCGGUAACAACCGCGGAAACGGCCGAAAUCGCGGCAACGGUGGUAACCAUUACAGGGGCAACUGGUUUCCUCCUCUCCACUCUCAGAGCUACUGGCAGAAUGGGCGGGGACAGGAACGCAACGGCUCCGCCUCCGUGGAUGGUACUUCUUUGCCAAGCUUACCGGCCGGAGGUGGCGGAGGCAGCGGACAAUACCAGGGCCGUCGCGGCGGCAACAACAACCACUACAACGGCGAGGGUAGAAAAUACAGAGGUAACCAAAGUAGAGGCCAAAAACCGUCUUAAGAUGCUUCAGAAACGACGUAUUUGGGGAAAGACCGCUUUUAUUGUUGCCUCUAUAGCUGUUACAUCCCUAUAGAAAACAACA